AUGGAUAAGGGGAUAAAAAUUUUUAUUCUUUCAUUUUUCAUAUCAAUCCUGAUCCUAGUAAUAUUGUACUAUAUUCCUGCUGGCAGAGAAUCUUUGUACACAUCACAUCAGGAACUUAAUAGCGCUGAUGAACAAUUAGAAAUUUAUGAUCGUGCUAAUGUUACUGGAUUCGUUGAUCCUCUUAUUGGAACUGCUAAAGACGGACAUGUGUUCCCCGGUCCCUGUCUCCCUUUUGGAGUUGUUAAAGUAGGGUUCGAUGUUGAAGGUUUGGAUUCUAAUGGAGGAUACACCGUUAGUGGACGUAUUACCGGAAUAUCUCACCUACAUGUUAGUGGAACGGGAGGUGAGCCAAAAUAUGGAGUGAUAAGUCAAUUUCCGGUGGUAGAUAAACCAGAUGAAAAAAUUAGUAUAGAAGACUAUUAUUCAGACAGAUCACUUGAACAUUUCGAAGUUGGUUAUUCAAAAUUUGGAUUAAAACGUUAUAAUAUCAUGGUUGAAUUAACUGCAAGUC